UUCGAGCACGCAAAAUGUUUUGCAUAAAGUACGGACAUAUAAAAAGUAUAUUGCAUAUGUAUCAGCGUAUACUCUUAGGAGUAUAUAUAUAUGUCAUAACACGUGAUCACGGUGCUGCGUAAAUACAUAUAUAUGUAUAUUUAUAGAUGUAUACAACGAAAGGUACAAUAUUAAUACAUUGUUCUUUUCGUCAUUUAUAGUUUUAUAAAUUAUUUCAUAGAAAUAAAGUACUAUAAGAAAUAGUUAUAAAGAGCUUAUGAUAUUAACUUUUAUAACCUCUUUUCAAAAAUGACAGCUUUCAUAUGUCCUUGAAAAAAGUCAAACUUCAUAUAUACAUAUUGGCUUUUGUCUAUUUUAUGUAUAAAUAAUUAAAAUAAAUACUAUUGUAACAAAUGUUACGUUAUAACUUAUUAAGUAUUACAAAACAAGUAAAUUAUUCAUCAAAGAAAAAAGUAAUUAAAUAUACUAGUACAGGAUUGCUGUUACUAGGCACUAGUUAUACACUUUUUCAUCCAAAUAAAAGGAGAUCAUUACAAUCUAAAAUUGCGAGUCUAACUAGAUUUGGAAGAUCACUUAUAAUAGGAUUAACAGUAUCUUUAGAUUAUUGGGUAGCUCCAUUAAUGGGAUAUACAGAAUCUGAAAUUCAUCAGCGAUCAGCACAUCGUAUUGUACAAGGUUGUUUGCAAAAUGGAGGAAUAUAUAUCAAACUCGGACAAGGCUUGGCAGCUGUUAAUCAUAUCCUUCCUAAAGAGUAUGUUAAUUCUUUAGAAAUUUUACAGGAUAAAUGUUUAACGCGCGAUGAAAAUGAAUUACAAGAAAUAUUUCUACAAGAAUUUGGAAAAAGUCCUAAGGAAGUAUUUCAUAAGAUUGAUGAGCAUCCUAUUGCAGCUGCUAGUUUAGCCCAGGUUUAUAAAGCAGAAACUAUGGAUGGUAAAUCUGUAGCUGUUAAAGUACAAUAUAUUGAUCUUAAAGAUAGAUUUUAUUCUGACAUGAGAACAUUAAAUUAUUUGCUAAAAAUCAUUACAAUUAUGCAUCCAAAAUUUAAUUUACAUUGGGUAGUGGAUGAGCUUUUUGAAACUUUAUCACAAGAAUUAGAUUUUGAAAUAGAAGGAAAAAAUUCAGAGAAAUGUGCAAAAGAUCUAAAACAGCAUGAUUAUGUACAUAUACCUAAAGUUUAUUGGGAUCUCAGUACAAAGAGAAUCCUUACAACUGAAUGGAUCGAUGGCAUUAAAAUAAAUAAUGUGAAAGAAUUAAAAAAUAAAGGACUAAACAUGUAUGAUAUAGACACGAAACUAAUUACUUUAAUGGCAGAACAAAUUUUUCAUACAGGAUUUGUUCAUGGUGAUCCUCAUCCUGGGAAUAUUUUUAUUAGGAAGGGACAGGACAAUAAAGCGCAAAUAGUUCUAUUAGAUCAUGGAUUAUAUGAAUAUUUGCCAGAGAAUACAAGAAUUAGCUUAUGUAAUUUCUGGGAAUCUAUGAUUUUGAAAAAUACUCAUGCUUUGAAUGUAUAUGGUAAAGAAUUGAAUGUGGAGGCUGAAAUAUUAACUCAAGCACCAUAUUCAUUAUCUUCGUUUUUAACAACUGAAAAAGGAAAAAAAUUGAAAGAACAUAUGAUUCAACAAGCACAAGAGCAUUUUGAUAGAAUUACAGCAACAUUAAGAACAAUGCCCAAAACUAUGAUGUUGAUUAUUAGGAAUUUAAAUACUAUACGUGCUAUCAUACAAGAUCAUGGAAGUAUGGUAGAUCGAUAUAGGAUAAUGGCACAGAUUGCUGUACGUGGAAAAUAUAAAGUUACAAAUCUAUCAGUUAGUAAAUAUAUUAAAGGGACAAUGUACAAGGCAAAAUUUGAAACAUAUUUAUGGUUAUACAGUUUCGCUCAAUGGUUACUUAAAACUUAUUUAAAUUUUUUGUGGUUAAUAGGAUACGAUACCAAACAAAUUGUGGAACUUGUAGCAGCUCAAUAUUCGCAAUAAUUUUUUGUUAUUUAAUUAAAUAAAAAUUUAAUUUUUUAUUUACAUGUUAAAUGUAUGUAGGAAGGUACAUCAUGAAAUAACUACAAUAUAUUAAUUCUGUAAAUAUUAUUUUAUGCCAAAAUUAUUGUUAUAUUGUAUAUUAUGAAUUAUUCAUUUUGAUUAAAUCAUUGAAUUAAAAAAAAAAAUUUACGAA